UGUUCUAAAAAGCAGGGAGUGAGGAUUUAAGCGCAAAAAACCCGUGUCGAUUGUGAUAGAAAGUUGGAUGUUUUUCUAGUCACUUAAUCAACGGCGUACUCCUCCAGUAGAGGCCACCAAUAUACCUCCUAAAAUAGCUGAUGAAUGCCAAAUUGAUUCACAUUAAGAUAUUUUGAGGUAAGACUUGGAAUCCUCCGCAGCUCAGCAGUGCAACUUUCAAGUAUAUAUAUACUCCAUUUUAAAAAUACACCGGACUGCUAUAUGUUUAUCUUAUUGGGUUUUUUCUUUAAUUUUUAAAAUCUGAACCGGGGUUAGAUUACAAGGUAGAAUAACAUGGAACAAGAUAUGCACUGGAAAUUAAUUCAGAAGUACCUUGAAGUUGAACCCUUUAGCCUCAUAGAAAAUACUUUUAUUUCUAAACUAAGCAAUUCCAAAAUACUUUUUAAUACUUUUGUCUGUUUCAAACAAAAUAUGUGAAAAGAAUUAUUUUCUUCUUGAAAUAGUGGGAAUGUAACUUCUUGCAAACAUUUUCUAGCAACUCAAUUGAAAGGGAAAUGAAGUUUGUUUCAUAUGUGUAGUCAAAUGACCUGUAGUCUUGAGCAUUUAAGAUAAAAAUAGAUAAAUGCUUUUAAUUGAAGGAUGGGAUGGGGGUGGGGAUCUUUUUGCAUGCCUACUAUUUUAAUAUUUUUGUUAACUUUGAAUGUAGUAUGUUUUAAAUUGUAAUUACCACAUAUGGUUUUUUAUUGUUUACAGUAUGUUUUAGGUAAUGUAGAGAUUUAACAAUGGGUCUCUCGACCUCAGCAAUUUGGAAAAAUACUCCAGUGGAAAUUGUUAAUCCCUAUGAAGUAAAACGAAAGGUGAAGCCACAGGUUAUGUUCACAGCGAAGAGGACAGAGAUUAUACAAAAGCAAGAACACGAAGAGAUAAAUGGUAAUAAAAUGGCUGAAGAGCCAAUGGAAGAAGGAGAAGCAGAUUCUUGCCUGGAUGAAGGUGUUGUUAAAGAAAUCCCUAUUACAAAUCAUGUAAAAGAAGGAUAUGAGAAAGCCGAUCCUGCACAGUUUGAGUUGCUCAAAGUUCUUGGUCAGGGAUCAUUUGGAAAGGUGUUUCUUGUGAGAAAGAAGACUGGUCCUGAUGCUGGGCAACUCUAUGCAAUGAAAGUGUUAAAAAAGGCUUCUUUAAAAGUUCGAGACAGAGUUCGGACAAAGAUGGAGAGGGAUAUUCUUGUGGAAGUGAACCAUCCAUUUAUUGUCAAGUUGCACUAUGCUUUUCAGACUGAAGGGAAGCUGUAUUUAAUACUGGAUUUUCUCAGGGGAGGAGAUGUCUUCACAAGAUUGUCCAAAGAGGUUCUGUUUACAGAGGAAGAUGUGAAAUUCUACCUUGCAGAACUAGCUCUGGCUUUGGAUCAUCUGCAUCGAUUAGGAAUUGUAUACAGAGACCUAAAACCAGAAAACAUUUUGCUUGAUGAAAUAGGACAUAUCAAGUUAACAGAUUUUGGACUCAGCAAGGAAUCAGUAGAUCAAGAAAAGAAGGCUUACUCAUUUUGUGGUACAGUAGAGUAUAUGGCUCCUGAAGUGGUGAAUAGGCGAGGCCAUUCUCAGAGUGCUGACUGGUGGUCCUAUGGUGUACUUAUGUUUGAAAUGCUUACUGGUACUCUGCCAUUUCAAGGUAAAGACAGAAAUGAGACCAUGAAUAUGAUAUUAAAAGCAAAACUUGGAAUGCCUCAAUUUCUUAGUGCUGAAGCACAAAGUCUUCUAAGGAUGCUUUUCAAAAGGAAUCCAGCAAAUAGAUUGGGUUCAGAAGGAGUUGAGGAAAUCAAAAGACACCUAUUUUUUGCAAAUGUUGACUGGAAUAAAUUAUAUAAGAGGGAAGUGCAGCCUCCAUUCAAACCUGCUUCUGGAAAACCAGAUGAUACUUUUUGUUUUGAUCCAGAAUUUACUGCAAAAACACCUAAAGAUUCUCCAGGUUUGCCAGCCAGUGCAAAUGCUCAUCAGCUCUUCAAAGGAUUCAGCUUUGUUGCAACUUCUAUUGCAGAAGAAUAUAAAAUCACUCCGAUUACGAGUGCAAAUGUAUUACCAGUCGUUCAGAUAAAUGGAAAUGCCGCACAAUUUGGUGAAGUUUAUGAAUUGAAAGAGGAUAUUGGUGUUGGCUCCUAUUCAGUUUGUAAGCGAUGCAUACAUACAAUUACCAACAUGGAAUUCGCAGUGAAGAUCAUUGACAAAAAUAAGCGAGACCCCUCAGAAGAAAUUGAAAUUUUGAUGCGCUAUGGACAACACCCCAAUAUUAUCACUUUAAAGGAUGUCUUUGAUGAUGGGAGAUAUGUUUACCUUGUUACGGAUUUGAUGAAAGGAGGAGAGCUACUGGAUCGUAUUCUGAAACAAAAAUGUUUCUCAGAACAGGAGGCUAGUGAUGUGCUGUAUGUUAUAACUAAGACAGUUGACUAUCUUCAUUGUCAAGGAGUUGUUCAUCGUGAUCUUAAACCCAGCAAUAUUUUAUACAUGGAUGAAUCAGCAAAUGCAGAUUCAAUUAGGAUCUGUGACUUUGGAUUUGCAAAACAGCUUCGAGGUGAAAAUGGGCUUCUGUUAACUCCAUGCUACACUGCGAACUUCGUAGCACCAGAGGUGCUUAUGCAACAGGGAUAUGAUGCUGCUUGUGAUAUAUGGAGUUUAGGAGUCCUUUUUUACACAAUGUUGGCUGGAUACACUCCAUUUGCUAAUGGUCCCAAUGAUACUCCUGAAGAAAUACUGCUGCGUAUAGGCAAUGGAAAGUUCUCUUUAAGUGGUGGAAAUUGGGACAAUAUAUCGGAUGGAGCAAAGGAUUUGCUUUCCCACAUGCUUCAUAUGGACCCUCAUCAACGAUAUACUACUGAACAAGUAUUAAAGCAUUCUUGGAUUACCCAUAGAGAUCAGUUGGCAAAUGACCAGACAAAGAGUAAUGAUUCAUCACAAGUUGUUUCGGAAACAGUGGUUGCAGCCUAUUCUGCCCUGACUCACAAGGCUUUUCAACCAGUCCUGGAGCCUGUUGCUGCUUCCAGCUUAGCUCAGCGACGGAGCAUGAAAAAGCGAACAUCAACUGGCUUGUAAGAUUUACAGUAUUCCUCAGCUACCUGGAUGAAGAAAAAACUAAACAUGUGGCUUUUUUGCCUAAUCUUAUAUUAAAGGCACUGUUUUCUGCUAUAUUACUUGAAUAUUCUGUUUAAGCCCCCCUUUUUAGGGGGAGUCAGAUUAAACAAAAUUUACACAGGUCCACAAUAUUCAUUCUUGUUUUGCCAUAAUGUCUGAUUGUUUAUUUAAGCAUAAAAUUAGUGUCCACAAGGUCUUAACUUUUCUGCACACUGACUUCUAAAAUUCCUUCAAAAUCAAUUUCCUAUGUUAGUUUUUUUUUCUGGUUUCAUACAGUAAUGGUUUAGAGCAUCAUUAGCAAAAAUCAAGAUGCUUAUAGUAUAGUGCUAAACAGUGCCAGUAUUUUGAUCAUCAAAUCGAUCGUGAAGGAAAGGCUUCUUUUUAAGAGACAAAAGUAUUAUAGAAAAUUGUUGGCAUGCACAACCAAAGGACUCCAUUUAUUUGUGUCUCCGUAAUUUCUAACUUGUUGUCAUAGUAGUUUUCUCCCAGGGCACAAUGCAUUUGUGCUAAUAUAUGAACUCCUGAUAUGGCUGGUGCCAAAGUUUAAUACAAGAAUUAGAUCACCAAUAAUAUGUGCAGAUGGACCUGUAUAUUAUCCAUAAGUGGCCUAAUGUAGUGAAAGUUUCCCUAAAGCAUCUAACAUUUUACAUCUGUGAAGAGUUUUUUUUUUACCCAAAAGACAUAUGUUGGUGUUGUAACCUGCUAAAUAGGUGAUAGGUAUGCUUUUGAAGACAAAGUACAUGAUGUUGACACUACUUGGUGAUAUGUAAGCUGACUUUGAAUUUAACCAACUGGAUUUAAUUGUCAUCUGUUCCCUUUUAAGUGGAGCUACACUGUUGUAUUUGUGACUUCCAUAUUUGGGGCUACAGUGUGGUAUAUUGAUCUACCUUGACUCCUAUGGUAAUGUAGUGAAGUUUUGCUAUAGUGGACUUGUGCACAUAGCACAUAUGAUAUAGUAUAAUGUAUUUCAAUGUUAGAUGAUGCUAUGUAAUAGUUAUACUUCAAGAAGAUUAACAUUUUAAAUAGGAAGUAAUAUGUGAAAUUUUAGCACAUUAAAAUCAUAUUUAUAAUGAGAUAAAUACUUGGCCAAAUUGGUCUUAUGAAAUCUAUGAUUCAGAACCACUGUGUAAUAUGUAUCAUUUUCUCUAAAUGCUAAAAUUAAAAAAAAACUUUGUGUUGUUGAGGAAAAUACCAUUACUACUGCUACUGAAAGAAAGCAUUCAUGAAUGUAAACUGGAAGAUAUCACAGUUUUGUUUAGUGAACAUAGUGAACUACUUGUGUGUGCUAGGUGUACUGUUUACUGUGUGUUUUAUUUUGCUUAGUUCAGAAAGAAUUGAUUACUGAGUAUAUCAUUUAGACUAGGAGAUAUGUAACUUUGGUAUUUAAUAAAGGAACCUAUACAUAUUCUCUUUACAAUGUAUGUGAUCUAUAUUCCAUGCACAAAGAUCUGUUUCCUGGUUGUGAUCUAAAGUAUGUUUUAUUACUUUGAGGUGUCUUUUUGAAAUAAUUGAAAGACAUAGAAAACACAUAAUGCCACAUGGUAAUAUUGCUUAAAAGUAGUUAGAUGUGAAUAUUGUGGCUUUUAUGUUCCAAUUUGACUCUUUCCUCAUUUCACUUUAUUACAGGAAGUACUUGCAUGUAUUAAUUUGUGUCCACAUAUUUUGAGUUAUUUUCAUCCUGUCAUUAUCUUAUUUGUGCUUUUUUUCCUACCAGAAUUGAUUUGUCAUACUCAGGUACAGUUUUCAUCAAGUUUUCAGGAUACUACUUCUAUGUAUGCUUUUUAAGUAAUAAGAUUAGGGGAAAUAAAUUGGAAAAUGAAAAUAUUAUCAC